AUCAGCAGAAUCAGCGAUGGCUGUUUUUAUCAGUCUUCUUAUUCAUUCGUGCCCACAAACGCAAAAGUAGUGCGAUCCUGUUGUUUUUAUUGCAUUUAUUUUUGGUUAAAUUAUCUACGAAAAUAUUCAUAUUAGCUCGAUCGAAGUGCUGCUACUGUUAGCACUAGAUAACGUAAUCUGCAUACCAUAUUAUUGGAAAUUGCUCUGUUUUCCUCUUCAUUGCAAUCGCUAGCCGAAACACAGCCAAAGGAUGACCUUUGUUUCGCUUCGGCUCAUGGUGAAAGCCUUUCAUCAACCGGUUAGGGCACUCUCGACCACGGCGGCUCUAGCCCGGGAUGGGUCGGAAUCGUGGCUCAGCAAGUUGUUGGUUCGCAAAAUUGAACCAACCAAGGAAUCGCACAGCCGGAUGCUGAGCGACAAGGAGAUCAUCUACGAGCUGCACACGCACAAUAUCCGGCCGGACUCGGUUGGACAGUACAUGGAGAACUACAAGAAAUCAGUGGAAAUUGUGUCAUCGAAGAAAAAUCUAACCAUAGAAUUGAUUGGCUCGUGGAGUGUCGACGUUGGGGAUCUGGACCAGUGCCUGCAUCUGUGGCGUUACACCGGUGGUUUCGAAAUGGUAGAUCAAACCAAAAAGGCCCUACACGACGACCCAGACUACGUCAAACUGACCCAGGAACGGGGAACUUUCCUUCGUUCGCGCCAUCUGCAAUACUUGCUCGCGUUCAGCUACUGGCCGCAGUUGGCACUGCGCAAUGGUAAGAACAUCUACGAAAUCCGUUCGUAUCGCCUCAAGCCGGGCACCAUGAUCGAGUGGGGCAACAAUUGGGCCCGAGCAAUCAACUACCGGCAGAAUAACGACGAGGCCUUUGCCGGAUUUUUCUCCCAGAUUGGUCGACUGUACAACGUGCAUCAUAUUUGGUGUUACAAGGAUUAUCAAUCGCGCAAGGAAACCCGCGAGUCGGCCUGGAGAUCUCCCGGUUGGGAUGAAUGCGUAGCCUACACUGUGCCAUUGAUUCGCGAGAUGCAUUGCCGAAUUCUGAUCCCGACUGAAUUCUCUCCGACGCAAUAGAA